CUCAAGCUUUCCCAUUGUGGAAACCAAUCUAAAAAUGGCCACUUUUUCCAUUUGCCUUCUCUUCACCUUUAAUUUCAUUAUCUUCUCAAACUUCUGCAAUACUGCUUAUGGCAUCUUCUGUGAGGAAACCACCGAGGCAAUAACAAUAAAGCGUUUAGAAAAAACAUCCCACCUCCACUUCUACUUCCAUGAUGUCAUUAGUGGGAAACAACCUAGUGUUGUGAAAAUUGCAGGACCACCAAACAGCACCGGGUAUGGAUUUGGAGCCACUAUGAUCAUGGAUGAUGCAUUGACAGAAGGGCCUGAAAUCAGCUCAAAGCUGGUUGGAAGAGCUCAAGGGAUGUAUGCCAUUGCCGCACAAGAAGAGUUGUCAUUGCUAAUGGUUAUGAAUUUUGCAUUCAUUGAAGGAACUUACAAUGGCAGCAGCAUCAGCAUCCUUGGGAGGAAUCCUGUUCUCAAUGAUAUAAGGGAAAUGCCAAUUGUUGGAGGUAGUGGGGUGUUUAGACUUGCUCGUGGCUACGCAUUGGCCCAUACAAUUCGGCUUGAUUACAAAACUGGAGAUGCCACUGUUGAGUACCAUGUCUAUGUAUCACAUUAUUGAGUUUCAUAUUGAGCUAGAGUGACAUGGCAUCUGCCAUGAGCAGUCAUGUCACAAAUGUAGCUGUAGCUUGGUUUUCUCUUUCUGGGCUUAUGUUUAUUUGUUGCUUCACAUGUCUUUUGCAGCAGUCAAUAUUUUUUUCUUUAAGUUAUGGAACAUUGAUUACUUUAUACAAUCAGAAAUGGUUAUCUUUUCUCUUA